GACGUCAUGUAAAUACAAGAAGGAGCUUUUUUGUUUUAUUGAUAUCAUGGCAUAUUUGGAUUAUUUGACUCCUCGCUGAAUGAAGACACUGGUUUGAAUCCCCAGCAGCAGCAGCGCAGGUCGAGCGGAAGAGCCCGGAACAUCGCAGUAAUGUGAAGAAUUCCAGUAAAGAACAAGCGGCUUUUCAGUGAUCUGCUGACCAUGAGACGGAGUCCAAGGAGACCACUGAUCCUCAAAAGAAGGAAGCUGCCUUUUCAGCAAAAUGACGCGACAACAGCAGCUGGUUCACAAAGCCAGAUUGCUGAGUCCGGCUCAGAAGAAUCCACGAAACCGGACGUGAAUCGGUGCUUCCCUGAUGGGAUCCGCAUCAUGAACCACCCCUCCAUGCCUGACACUCAGGUGGUCGUCAUUCCCAAGACAGCUGACCUGCAAAGUAUCAUCGGGGCCCUCACUGCCAAAGGCAAAGAGUGUGGCGCCCAGGGCCCGAACAAGUUCAUCCUUCUGAGUGAGAGCAGCAGCUGCAACAAUGGAUCCUUUUGUCAGACUGCUGCUGAAGUGGAUGGUGUCUCUACAAUGAGAGCAGACGGACAACCAGUGAAAGUGGAAACUAUGUGCAAGCCCCCUGACGCUAAACCGCUCACUGGGAUUAAAUCAUUUAACAAGGAACUGGAGUGUCGUCCUUUAGACGAAAGCCUCACCAACAUUCAGUGGCUGGGCAAAAUGAGCCCAUCUACCCUGGAACCAGCUCCUCCCAAGCAGGUGACCGGCAAAGAGAACCUCAACACAGAUGUACAAGCUCCUCAGGCACAGAAUAAACCAGCUGAGGAAGAAGCUGUUCAACAACCCAAUUCAGAGAGGCCACCAUACUCCUACAUGGCCAUGAUCCAGUUUGCCAUCAACAGUCAAAAGAACAGAAGGAUGACACUGAAAGAGAUUUACACUUGGAUCGAGGAGCACUUCCCUUACUUUAGAGAGGUGGCCAAACCAGGAUGGAAGAAUUCCAUUCGCCAUAACCUCUCUCUGCACGACAUGUUCAUUCGCGACACGUCACCGGACGGUAAAGUUUCUUUCUGGACGAUCCGGCCCGAGGCGAAUCGAUGUCUCACUCUUGAUCAGGUUUACAGGCCGGGCUGUGACCCAAUGACUGCUCCAGUCCAAGUUCCAAUGCUUUUAUUUCCCCAUCAACAACAAAAGAAAGUGCUUCCUGAUGCAAGAAAGACACAAACUGGCUCUGAGAGAAAGAUGAAACCUCUCCUCCCUCGAACCGACUCGUACCUGGUCCCGAUCCAGCUCCCCGUCUCCUCCCCCUUCUACCUGCCGUCCUCCUCGGCCCCGUUUCUCCUGUCGUCCUCGCAGCAGAAAAGAAACAUUUCACGAGGAACCAAGAGAGUGCGGAUAGCCCCCAAGGUGGAAAAAAGCGAUUCUCCAGCUGUGGUUCUGUUUCCUGAGAAGAGCGAUGGCUAUCAGAGGGAGAUAAAGCAGGAGCCGGUGUGUGUUCCGAUUAAAUGCGUGACUCCCAAAGCCCCUCUGAGGACACAAGCCAGCAGCUCCAGGCGUAAACAGCGUCUGAUUCGCUCUGUGGACGAGGAGCCCGUCCUCCUCUGUCCUGACAACACCUUCUUUGACUCUGGCGUCGCCUCCGAUGCCUCCAUGUUCCACGACAUGCAGGACACUACGGUGGAGGAGCAGAAGCCUGAGCAGCACACCCCCGAGCGAGAGUUCUCCUUCAAGACCCCCAUAAAAAGUAACAGCCAACUGACUUCCUCCACCCCCAGCAAGCCCCCUUGUAACACCACACCCGAGACCUGGAAGGUGACCCCUGCGGGCAAAGGGCUUCAGACCGUUCUGGAUUUCAGCCCCAUCCGCACACCGGGGGGGCCUGCCGUCACCCCCCGCCACGACUACAACUCGUUCAGUUUCAGCAGCACCCCAUUUAAAGACUGGCCUCUGUUUAACUCCCCCAGGGAGCUGCUCAACUCCGCUCCCUCCAGAGUCACAGGACCAGCUGACUCCCCCACCGACAACCCCCAGAGCAGCUGCUCCAGAGAGCUGCUCCAGGCCGGAGGUGUCACACCCACUAACCGCUCCAUCACAGAGGGUCUCGUCCUGGAUACCAUGAACGACAGCUUGAGCAAGAUACUGGUGGACAUUAGCUUCUCCUGUCUGGACGAUGACGACCUGGGUAUGGCCAACAUCAGCUGGUCCGAGUUCAUUCCACAGUUUAAGUAGCUGUGAGGCAGGAAUAUUGUGUAUAUAUUACAGAGCAGUGACUUUCUUUCAAAACACUAUGGGAUGGAUAGCUGGAAAAGAAACAGCAAAGCAGGUGCAAAAGUACAAGAAAUCUGAGAUAUGAAGACCACAAGCUUUUGGGUAAACAGGAACAAUUCAUAGGUUUCAUAACUAUAACUGUCAAGUUUAUCAGCACUUCAUUUGAUUUCACUCCAUAGAAACACUAAAGAGAAGCUGCUCUCCAUGCUGUAAUUUCUGCUGGAGUUAGAUUGGGCCUAAAUUGCAGCUUUAAACUGAAGAAUGCUUCUUUCCAUUCAGUUGCUGUGGUUGUUAAUUUGGAUUACCUUCCCUUUGCAUCUGCUUUGCUUCCUUCAUAUGUUUCUGGCUUCCGUUUGUAAUCGAAUCCUUUUUUUUACAGAAUGAUUGACAGUAAGUCCUAUUUCCUCCAACCGCUGGCUCGUUUUGUUUUUUGCAUCGCUCAAUAAUCGGUGCUGUUUUCUUUUAUCUUCUAUCCUUCCUGUUGUGUCCGUCUGUACUUGUGAAGGAAUCUAGAGAAGAGAAGUGAGUAUAUUUGUAUGUUGAUUUGCACAUUUUAAUAUAUUUUUAGCUUUUUACAUAUAUAAAUGUAAAUACAUUUAUAUCACUGCUUGAUCGGCCAGCGAGGCGUCUCUGUGCCUUUCGGGCCGGUCGGGUUCCUGGAAUCAGCUUUUAGACGUUUAGAUUGUGAUGUAGAAGUGUUGGUAAUAAAAAAACAAACGGCAAUAGGAUUGUAAAAAAAAAAAACAUUUAAAAGUUGAGAGGUCACAGUAAUUGUUCUUCAGUUGGUUAGUAUCUAUCUUCAGGGCACUUUGUAUCAGCAAGAGGGAUUUUUGAACAUUUCACAUCUUUUAAAAACAAAAUGAUUCAUAUGUUGUGUCUGUAUAUCACAGAUUCUGUUUCAAUGAGAACACCUACUGCCUUUUUUAAAUGAUCAUGUAGCACAGACGGGAAAACAGGGAACAUGUCAGAACAGUCUUUUCAGCGCCAUCAUUGAACGAUGGAUGAGAUGUGUACUUUUUUGUUUUCUUUUAAGAUUUCACAAACUAAUCACUGACUAGCGAGUGUGUUGUGUUUACUUCAGAAGACUUAAAUCGCAGUAACCUGAUGUGUUUGCAGUUGCAGGAUCAGAAUGUUGUGGCCUCUAGCAAACAGCUUCAUGUGCCUUCUUGGUGUUUGUAUGUGACUGUACAAUAAAACUGUUGGUGUUUA